CAAGGUCUUUGCGUAGAAUGAACGCCAUCUUCCGGUGGAAUUGUUGCGUCCUGUUGUGUUUAGUAGUUGAAUGUAUGGCUAAUACAAUGAAUUAAGUUGAAUUAGAUUUUUAACGUUUCAUCGGUAAGUUUCUAGAGUGAAGUUUUUUUUUGUUGUGACAAAGUAUUUCAAAUGUUUGAUCCACCGUGUGUGAAUACGUGUUGACUUUGUGCGAAGUAAGUUAACGGGACUUUGACUUAAUGCAUUUAUUAGCGUGCUGUGUUUUGGUCAUGGUGCAGGCUGUGAAAAUUUUAUAGUAUGUUGACGAAUGAAUCUUGCAUAGCGAUAUGACACAGCAGUAUUAGUCUGCUGUUUGUUGUUGCUUGAAUGUAAACAACCACGGGGUGGCGUCAUGGAUGACGAGGUUGAGGCGGACGCUAGGACCAGCGGUAUGAAGGGCGAAGGGAGUGAGUGUUCAGGCGAUUCUUUUAAGUCUUCAGCUUCAGACAGUCAGUUGGUGGUAGUGAAGGCUGAUACGAAUAUUAAAAAGCUUCAUAAUGGUGACCCAGAACACUUGUCUUCGGACGAAGAGUGUGUGGUGGAGGAAUGUAGCUCCGGUAAAGUUACCGUUCAUUCAGAUGAAGACAGCGAAAACGUGGAAAAAGAGUCCUUGGACUCGGAAGAGGAGGACUUUAAGUUACACGUAGACGUGGACGUGUCAGACCAGGAAGGUAGCGACGCUGAAAGCAGCGGGAAUAGGCAGCUGGAGCCAGUGCGCGCCAACUCUGCCGGCGAUAGUGAAGUAAUAGAACUGAGUGCAGGCGAAGACGACGACUGCGAAGUGGUUGAGAUAAAGGAGAAAGAGAGAACCGAUAAAGAGAGCGAGAGGCGCCAGGAAGAGAAGACCGGUAGGAUAGAGAACAACUCUGUGGAAGUGGUGGAUAUAGAUGACAGCGCGGAAUUGGACAAAGUUGAGAUGGCCGGAUCUGCUAGAUUUGUGGGUGGAAAGCCGGUUGAAGAAUCCGGAAACCCCUCACCAGCAUUGGAAGACGAUCAGAAUGUUGAAGAAUGCUUAGGAGCUGUAGUGGCCAGGGGGAAAGAUGGUGUGGCACUGGAAGAUGAUGAGGAUCUGGGGAAAUGUGAAGAAACUGAUAGAAGUUCAGUCUGUGAAGAGACUCAAUUAGUUUAUCCUUUAAGGUUAGAAGAGAAAGAACACAUAUUAGAAAACACUGGUGAAGAUGAUCAUGGGGUAGACAAUUACUUAAAUAAAAACAAUAUAAAUGAACGGGAAGAAGAAAGAAGACAAGUGAAGGAAUCCGGUGAAGAAGUGGGAGACUUGUUUAGACAUUGUGAUCCAGAGGUGGUAGUAACACGGACGCUGCCUUCCAGUGCGAGCGACGAAUGCACAGGAGAGACUUCCGCAGAUUUGUCAGAUUCUGAUGAUUUCAUAGGCUUUGAAUCAACAGAACCACAUAUCUUUUCCAAGGAAUUUUGUCAUGUUGAAGGGUCGGGGCCGAGGGAUGGAGAGAUCGUGGGCACGCUGCACGUGUCGGCGGACACGCACUUCUUCACGGCGGAGGGCGGCGAGGGGCCCAGCACGGCCAGCGGGAGCGAGGCCGGGGACUCCAGCCGCCUCAGCCCAGUGCCCACGGAGAGCUCGCGGUGCAACAGCCCGACGGCCAGCUCUGCGAGCGGGGACAAGCGCGGUGGGCGCAAGAGAGUCUCCUUGGACCUCACCAAUCCCCUCUACAUGAAGCCUUUCCAGCUCGGCUGGAAGAGGGAGCUGGUGUACCGUAGUGCCAUGGACUCUGCCAAUCGCCGCAUGGCAGAUGUCUACUACUACACACCCACCAAUAAGAAGAUACGCUCUGCUCGCGAGCUGUUGGAGCACGUGGACGGGGUGGAGCUCACCACCAAGAACUUCCUCUUCACGAAGGAGCCGCUGGGGCUGGACAGCUCCAUGGAGAAGAUACGCGACGCCAGGAAGAGCCUCAGCCUGCGGGAGGCGGCAUGGCCCAAGGACGGCAAGGAGGGCAAGGAGGAAGGGGAGGCACCCAGCAAGCCCCCGGAGAAGCACAAGCCGGCCAGAGCGGCCGAGCCAACGCCGGUGCCUGCCGCUGCCCCCGUCCCGGUCCCGGAAGCUACGACCCCAGAGCCAGCCCUGGCCCCGGCCCCAAGUGCUCCCAAGUCUCCCCACAGCAGCUCCUCUGCGGUCGCACUGCGCAAGGCUGCCACCACGCCCACCUUGCGCAGCUUCCCCCGCAUCAAGGUGACGCCCACCAGGACCCAGAAGGAGGAGGGGGGUGCAGGCAAGGGGGCCGUGGCAGGAAAGCGCGCUCAGCCGCGACCGCUGCUGCCCAAGCCGCGCGACGACCUACAGGUGGGUGUGUUGCCCCCGCUGUGGAGCGUCAAGUCAGCGCCCACGCCCACGCCCACGCCCAAGAAGGCUGCUGUGUCCACCACCUGGUCCAGUGCGCCCAAGAUGGUGAGCGAACCCUUGGAGAAGAAGAUGGACCCUUGCAGCAUCCACUGCCCGCUGAAGAUGGGUGUGAUCCCCACGCUGCAGUGCCGGCUGUGCGUGUGUCUGUACCACCCAGAGUGCGUGGGGCUGGGCUCCUUCAGUGAGACCAUCCACAGCUACGUGUGCAAGAACUGCCAGACGGAGAUCCGGGAGGGCAAGACGUCCCUCGUGGCCCCGCCCCCCCUCGCCGACCAGCCCAAGGCGCUCACGGACGCCGGCAAGCUGGUGACGGUGCCGCGCCUCGUGAAGACCCGGGAAGUGUUCGCGCCCGGCAAGAAGAUCCUGGGCUCGGUGACGACCUGGCUGCCCGCGUCGGCCAGCGUGCAGGUGCCCGAGGCGGUGUCGGUGCCCGCCUCGGCGCCGGCCAGCAUGCAGAGCGUGGCGUGGAUGAACGGGCGCAAGUACAUCGUGGUGCCCAAGCACAACGUGUUGUCCGUGUCUCCGUCGCCGGCGGACAAGGCUCCGGCCGCGGUGCAGUCCACGCCGGCCUCGGGCGCGAGCAAGGACCCCAGCGUGCUCCUGGGCAGUCCCCCGGGCGUGCUGCUGGUGCCCCUGCUGCCCUCGGCUGACAAGGGAGGCCCCCUGCACACCCAGUACCUCAUCGUGAACGCCCCUCCCGGGGGCGGCCUGGUGCUGCCCACCUCCACCGCCGCCGCCGCCACCGCCGACUCGGGCAAGGAGCAGCGCGGGCGCAAGCGUGCCGGCUCGGGCUCUGACGAGGGCCCCCCGGCCAAGCAGCCGUGCAAGCAGCAGUGUGCUCACAGCCUGGUGCACGACGUGUGUGUGCUGUACAUCGUGAUGGAGAGAGAGUGCCGUGUGCGCAGGGGCAAGGAGCAGCACGGGCGCAAGCGUGCCGGCUCGGGCUCUGACGAGGGCCCCCCGGCCAAGCAGCCGUGCAAGCAGCAGUGUGCUCACAGCCUGGUGCACGACGUGUGUGUGCUGUACAUCGUGAUGGAGAGAGAGUGCCGUGUGCGCAGGGGCAAGGAGCAGCGCGGGCGCAAGCGUGCCGGCUCGGGCUCUGACGAGGGCCCCCCGGCCAAGCAGCAGUGCAAGCAGCAGUGUGCUCACAGCCUGGUGCACGACGUGUGCGUGCUGUACAACGUGCUGCAGCACGUGUUCCAGUACCUGAAGGUACAGGAGCUGCUGCGUGCUGCCCGCGUCUGUCGCCUGUGGCGCGAUCUGGCCCAGCAUCCUUCCCUGUGGGCGUCGGUCCACAUGAAGAACUCGAAGGUGAGCGACUGGCAGGGCCUCGCCACCACGCUGAGCGCGCGCGGCACGGCACACUUGGACCUGCGCAAGAUGCUGCUGCCGCAGCGCAGCGAGGACGUGGCCGCCAUGUGGCAGCAGUUCCGUGCCGUGGUGGGUCGCAUGGACGGCCUGCAGCGCCUGGACCUGUGUCGCUGCCCUGCGUCCGUGGUGCAGCACGUGCUCACGGCUUGUCCGCGCCUGCGCACGCUCAACGCCACCGCCAUCAGCUGCAACUCGAUCUCGCUGGCGGCUGCGGGAGGCCUGGAGCACCUGGAGGAGCUGCGACUCAAGAGCCUGUCCGGCAUCACGCUGGAGUCGUCACUGGGCGUGCUGUCCCAGCUGUCCAGCCUCAAGCACCUCGCACUCACCACUUUCCGCAACCUGGGGCAGCAGGGGGUGGAAGUGAUCGGGCAGCUGGAGAGCCUGGAACUGCUGGAGCUGGGCGAGGUGAACAACCUGGCUGCCACGUUCCCCGCCGAGUCGCUGGCGUGCCUCGGCAAGUUGCGCCGGCUGCGACUGGAGAAGGUGCAGGGCCCGGACACGCUCACCUUCAACUACCUGGAGACGGCACGCAGCCUGGCGCAGCUCACGCAGCUGGAGCUGGUCAACUUCGACGUCAAGCCCGGCUUCGACAGCAUCCUCGCCAGCUGCACCAACAUCCGCAAGCUGCUCAUCAUACCCACCUAUGUCACUCAGUCGGCGACGACGAACCGCAUGGUGCUGGGAGGCGUGCUGCAGCUGGCCAGCACGCUGCAGGUGUUCGUGUGGGGCGUGACCCACGAGCUGCUCCGCGUCACGGAGUUGUUUGUGGACCAGUGUGACGUGGACCAGGCCAAGAAGGAGCAGCUGAAGAAGGGCGACUGCAUCCCGGUGCUGAAGCCCGUGCCGGGCAUCGCGGCCGUGCUCUCUCCCUCGGACGCGUGGAGCUGCGAGGAGAAGUACGGGGGACCCACGCCCUCCGUCGAGAUCCUGUCCCUGCCCAAGCUGCACAAGCUGCUGAAUGUGCAGCUGCCCGGGACCCGGGUGAAGCUGCUCAAGAUCCCCUUCCACGCCACGUGGCGCCAGUACCUCUCCGACAUGCACGCCUGAGCUCUCGCCUCUAGUACCAGGCCUCUGUGCAUGCAAGUGAGUUGAGUUCGUUUUCAAUUCAAGCUAAAGUUUUAUGUAGUAGGUAUUUGAAAGGAUUGUUGAUAUACAAGCAUUAUUCUAUUUGAGAAGUUUAGUUUUAAUUUUGUGUUUUACGUAUGUAUAUGUAAUAAAUCUCGUACUAAGAAA